AAUAAAUAUGGAGAGCAAGACCAGCCUGCCUUUUUUGGCAAAGAACUUGAAUUACCUGAAAAAGUACUGUUUUGGAGAGGAAGAGUUUAUUGAGAUUUUACAGAAGCAUGAUAGAUAUUUUGUGGUUUUUGAUAGGUGCUUUAUAUAUGAUACAGUAGAUAAAGAAGCAGUAGACUACCUUAGUUUCACUAAAAGGUUUGCGUACAUGAUGAUUAGAGAAAGAAAAUGCUACUUCUGAAGCCAGAAAUUCCCGAGCUUAGUGAAUCUAUACCUGCACACUAUAUCAAACCACGUAAAAAUUGAUACAAGGAUAUACAUAAAGAAGACCAGGAAAAGUGAGAUAGUCUUCUUCUGCUUCCUUGACAAAGGGAAUGGUGGAAGUGAAUUCCACCAUUCCAUUAAUGCCAUCACGAUGCAGGAUAAUCCGACAUUCUACAUCGGCACUAAGAGCUUUGGAGAUAUUCACUGCAGCAAAUCCAGAGCUAGGGCUCUAAUUAUGCUGAUCUCUAAUAGUCAUAUGGGAGACAACCAGGAAAUUACAGAUUGCUAUAAUAAGAUAAGCAGUGGGAUUUACCCUGAUAGGGUAGCUACUCACGGGGCUUAUCUCAGAGCAAAAACUUCAGCUGAUAAGAUAGAAGAGAUCUGUAGAGAGGUCUUUGAGAAAUUGAUGGGUAUCACUGAUGAAAAGGACAGGCCAACCCAACCCGAGCCUGUGAGCAGAGGAAGAGGCAACGAGCUCAGGGGUGCAAGAAAAACCGCAGAUAUUGACAAAAGAAAUGCUGAGAUUGAUAGACCAAGCCUUGCUCCUUCAAAUUAUCACUACUGAAAUCCUAUUACUGGGGAAUUGAAUUCUAUCUUUGUUGAUGACAUGACCAAACCCUCUGACACAAGCGGGAUGAAGCGUAGGAACAUCAUGUCUAAAUAUUCAAAUGAUUAUACUGACUCCUACAUUCAUAAUGAAGUGCCUGUAUUAGACCUGUUCACUAUCAGAUCUCAACAAGAGAUUAAGAAAAGGCUUGGGGAUGAGUGAAUGAUCAGCGUGGACACAGUAGACAGUUCAGGUAUCCCUCAAAAGAGUGAGGGGCACGACCAGUACUACAACUCUCUCUUCAUGGGCUUAUGGAACAAGAUUAAUUACACUAUGAAUCACAGAGGGCCUAAGUUGAACAAAGUAGGGGAUAAAAUUAAAGUGUUAAUAAAGCUCUGGGCAAAACAUCACAACCCAGAUUAUGAAAAGUACCAAAGAAAUCAAUUCUUCAACUUCUUGGAAGUCAUGAGAGAAAUCUCACAACUUGAGAUAAAUGAUAUCAUGUUCUUUAUGUUUCAGUAUGAUCAAGAGAUUGCUAGCUUAAAAGAGCUGUUAGAAAAGGAAAGAGAGGAAGAGGAAAAGAGGGCGGAAGAUGAAAAGAGAGCAAAAGAUGAAUUGAUGGUGAUCAAUCCGGAGGGAGAGUAA